AUGGGUAUCAUUUCGAAUCUUUUCAGGCUUUUAUACAAGCUGAAAGGUUUCUUUUUAAGGAAACAAUUUCCCGCUGACGUCCAAACUGAAAAUAUUUCAAAUUCAAGUUCCACCUCCAGUUCCUCCCCCAGUUCCUCCCCCAGUUCCUCCUCCAGUUCCACCUGUGUUGAUUCGCACAUUGACAUAAUCUAUGUCACCAAUCUCAAUCCUGUUUCCCCAAAGAAGAAUAACUCUUGGUCCAAAGUCAAACAAUUCCCUAAAUCCAUGUUCUCAAAGAAAGAUAAAAGUUCCAACGACCACAAAGCCAGCCUGAUCAAGCCUGGUUCUAUCAUGGCCCAGAUCAGAAGCCUUAAGUCUAAAACCAAAUUUGGAAAGUUCAAAACCAAAUACCACGACGAUAUUGACCAGAUGAUUAAAUUACAACAUGAAAACAACGUGUUAAGAUUUGAAGAUGAAUCCAAAUUGGACACCACUCAACAUGCCUUCAACAAAUUAAAAAACCAGUAUACUGAAUCCAAAGAAAUGUUUGAGAAAAAAAUCGAACAAUUACAACAAAGCCUCAGUCAAUGUCAACAUGAAGUUGGUCAGUUGAGAGAAGAAAAUGAAAAUCUCUCCAAAAGAAGAGAAACCAUCAAGAUUACUCGUUCUGGAACCAUUUCAAAAUUGCAGAAAACCAUUGCAGACCUCAGAGAUCAAUUAGACGAGGAAAAGGCCAAGUCAGAAUAUUACUUAAACUGCUUAGUUGAACAAAGAGCUCAAGCUGAAGUUGAUAACGAAGAGAUCAAUCGUAUCAAGAAGAAAAUGGAAGAAACUGAGGCAAGUCUUAAAAGACUGAAUGCAAGGUUGCGAACUAGUUCGCGAACCAUAUCAACAAGGCAAAACUAAACAAGUUGUACUUAAUGACAAACAAAGCAUUGUGCCACAUAUGAAAUAUAUUUACCCAAGUGAAAUUGGGCGAAUAUCC